AUGGGACUCGAUCAGAACGAUCUAGAAAUGACGAACGAUGAGCACUUCGUUGACAAGCAAAAACUUUCAGCUCCUAUCAAGUCUACAGCAGAUAAAUACCAGCUCGUUCCCGAGUUCCUGAAGGUGAGAGGACUUGUGAAGCAACACCUGGAUUCAUUCAAUUACUUCGUCAAUGUUGGGAUUAAAAAGAUUGUUGGUGCAAAUUCUCGUAUACAUUCCACUCUCGACCCAAAUAUUUACCUAUGGUUUAAGGAUGUCAGAGUUGGUGAACCCUCGGUUUUAAGCGUUAACAAGCCGGAUCAAAUCAAUCCACACAUGUGCCGUUUAGCAGACACGACAUAUGCUGCUCCAAUAUAUGUCGAUAUAGAAUAUGUUCGUGGAAUUGAUGGACAACUAUCAAAACAUAUAAAGGACAAUUUAAUUAUCGCAAGGAUGCCUAUUAUGUUGCGGAGUUGCCGCUGUGUAUUAAAUGGAAAAGAUGAAGAGGAACUUGCAAGAUUAGGUGAGUGCCCACUUGAUCCCGGAGGAUAUUUUGUCAUCAAAGGAACUGAGAAGGUGUUAUUGAUACAAGAACAACUCUCAAAGAACAGAAUUAUAAUUGAUUCUGAUAAAAAAGGAAACGUAAAUGCAUCUGUCACAAGCAGCUCUGAGAUGAUGAAAAGCAAAACAGUUAUACAGAUGGAGAAGGAGAAGAUAUAUUUAUUUCUUCAUCAGUUUGUAAAAAAGAUUCCAAUUAUAAUUGUCCUAAAAGCUAUGGGAAUGGAGAGCGACCAAGAGAUCGUACAAAUGGUUGGAAGGGAUCCCCGUUUUAGCGCAUCACUAUUACCUUCUAUCGAGGAGUGUGUUAGUGAAGGUGUGCAUACACGACAACAAGCACUGGACUAUCUCGAGGCUAAGGUGAAAAAAUCAUCAUACGGACCUCGACCUGAGAAGGCUGGAAGAGCUCUAUACAUUCUCAGAGAGUUAUUCCUUGCACACGUACCUGUACGUGACAACAGUUUUCGUCAAAAAUGUUUCUAUGUUGGGGUGAUGUUGAGACGAAUGAUUGAAGCAAUGUUAAACAAAGAUGCCAUGGAUGACAAGGAUUAUGUUGGUAACAAGAGAUUGGAGUUAUCUGGGCAACUAAUAUCUCUUCUCUUUGAGGAUUUGUUCAAAUCGAUGAUCGCUGAAGCCGUUAGACAAGUGGAUCAAAAAUUUAGCCGAUUUGAUUUCUCACAAUGUCUUACUGGAGAGAAGCAUCAUAGUAUUACUCAUGGAUUAGAAAGAACCCUUUCAACGGGAGAUUUCAAUAUUAAAAGGUUCAAAAUGCAUAGGAAAGGCAUGACACAGGUCUUAACAAGGUUAUCUUUUAUUGGGAGUAUGGGGUUUAUUACGAAAAUUUCGCCACAGUUUGAAAAGUCCAGGAAAGUAAGUGGGCCUAGAUCUUUGCAACCUAGCCAGUGGGGUAUGCUCUGCCCCUGUGAUACCCCAGAAGGCGAAGCUUGUGGGCUUGUCAAGAACUUGGCUUUAAUGACUCAUGUCACAACGGAUGAAGAGGAAGGCCCAUUGGUUGCUAUGUGCUACAAAUUGGGUGUCACAGAUCUGGAAGUAUUAUCAGCAGAGGAGCUGCAUAGUCCAGACUCAUUUUUGGUCGUAUUCAAUGGGCUAAUACUUGGCAAACAUAGAAGGCCACAGUACUUCGCCAAUUCACUUAGAAGGCUACGGAGAGCUGGGAAAAUUGGCGAGUUUGUUAGUGUGUUCAUAAACGAAAAGCAGCAUUGUGUAUACGUUGCUUCUGAUGGUGGGCGGGUGUGUCGACCACUUGUUAUAGCCGAUAAAGGAGUAUCAAGAGUUAAACAACACCACAUGAAGGAAUUACAGGAUGGGGUUCGCACUUUUGAUGACUUUAUUCGUGAUGGCUUGAUCGAGUAUCUUGAUGUCAAUGAGGAAAAUAAUGCAUUGAUUGCUUUAUACGAAAGAGACAUUGCUACGGAAAUGGCAGAAGCAGCAGAAACGGUAAAAGCUGCAAAAGCAGCACACACGGUAAAAAAAUUAGCAGAAGAUGCGGAAAAAGCAGCAGAAGCAGUAGAAGCUGCAAAAGCAGCAGAAGCAGAUAAAAUAAUGGCAGAGACAACCCACAUUGAGAUUGAACCUUUCACCAUCUUAGGUGUUGUUGCUGGUCUUAUCCCCUACCCUCACCAUAAUCAGUCACCUAGAAAUACUUAUCAGUGUGCUAUGGGAAAACAAGCUAUGGGAAAUAUUGCUUACAACCAGUUAAACCGGAUGGACACAUUGCUUUACCUAUUGGUGUAUCCUCAGCGACCCCUUUUGACAACAAGGACAAUUGAAUUGGUUGGAUACGACAAACUUGGAGCAGGUCAAAAUGCUACAGUUGCUGUGAUGAGUAAUACUGGAUACGACAUUGAGGAUGCAAUAGUGAUGAACAAAUCUUCCUUGGAUCGUGGUUUCGGCCGCUGCAUCGUUAUGAAAAAACUUGUUGCUACGUGCCAAAAGUAUACGAAUAAUACAGUAGACAGAAUACUCAGGCCACAAAGAACAGGCCCAGAUGCAGAAAAGAUGCAGAUACUGGAUGAUGAUGGAAUUGCUUCUCCAGGGGAAAUUAUUAGACCGAAUGAUGUCUAUUUAAAUAAACAGAUCCCUGUGGACACAAGUCAAUAUCGUCCGGCCAGAGAGUAUUUCAAAGGUCCUGAAGGGGAAACACAAGUGGUCGACAGAGUUGCUCUCUGUUCUGACAGGAACGGCCACUUAUGCAUCAAAUAUAUUAUCCGACAUACUCGUCGACCAGAGCUUGGCGACAAGUUCAGCAGUAGGCAUGGGCAGAAAGGUGUAUGUGGUACAAUCGUUCAGCAGGAAGAUUUUCCAUUUUCCGAGCUUGGAAUUUGCCCUGAUUUGAUCAUGAAUCCUCAUGGUUUUCCAAGUCGUAUGACAGUAGGUAAGAUGAUAGAACUCCUUGGAAGUAAGGCGGGAGUUAGUUGUGGUAGAUUUCACUAUGGUAGUGCUUUUGGAGAAAGAAGUGGUCAUGCUGACAAAGUUGAGUCUAUAAGUGCAACCCUUGUGAAGAAGGGGUUUUCCUAUAGUGGGAAGGACGUGUUAUACUCAGGUCUCAGUGGCGAGCCAUUACAAGCAUACAUCUUUAUGGGGCCAAUCUAUUACCAGAAACUGAAACACAUGGUCCUGGACAAAAUGCAUGCGCGAGGGAGUGGACCACGUGUCAUGAUGACAAGACAGCCUACUGAAGGGAAAUCUAAAAAUGGAGGUUUACGAGUGGGAGAAAUGGAACGAGAUUGUCUGAUUGCGUAUGGAGCCAGCAAUUUGAUCAAUGAGCGGCUCAUGCUUUCUAGUGAUCCUUCCGAAGUUCAGGUUUGCAGAGAUUGCGGUUUAUUGGGAUAUUACAACUACAAGCUGAAGAAAGCAGUUUGUUCAACUUGUAAAGAUGGCGUUAACAUUGCUACUAUGAAACUCCCAUACGCAUGCAAGCUCCUCUUCCAGGAAAUCCAGUCGAUGAAUGUUGUUCCUCGUCUCAAACUCGAAGAGGCUUCUUGA